GCGUUGCGAUGGCUCUCCCGUCCUCCUCCCUGAAAGUCUGCAUCGUGGGCUCAGGAAACUGGGGAUCUGCUGUAGCCAAAAUAAUAGGCAAUAAUGUAAAAGCAGUAAAGAAGUUCGCUUCCACUGUAAAAAUGUGGGUCUUUGAAGAAAAUGUGAAUGGAAGAAAACUGACCGACAUCAUCAAUAACGAUCAUGAGAAUGUAAAAUAUCUUCCUGGAUACAAGCUGCCAGAAAAUGUGGUUGCCAUUCCAAACUUGAAAGAAGCCGUUAAAGAUGCCGACAUGUUGGUUUUCGUCAUUCCCCACCAGUUCAUUCAUAAAAUCUGUGAUGAGAUAACAGGGCAUGUAGCCAAGAAAGCUAUCGGCAUAACUCUCAUUAAGGGAAUUGACGAAGGCCCAGAAGGACUCAAACUCAUUUCUGACAUCAUCCGUGAGAAAAUGGGAAUCGACAUCAGUGUGCUAAUGGGGGCAAACAUAGCCAAUGAGGUCGCAGCAGAGAAGUUCUGUGAAACCACAAUAGGCUGUAAAGUUUUGGAGAACGGCCUCCUCUUCAAAGAACUCCUCCAGACUCCCAACUUUCGAAUUACCGUGGUGGAUGAUGCAGAUACAGUUGAGCUUUGCGGUGCGCUUAAGAACAUCGUGGCAGUGGGAGCUGGCUUUUGUGAUGGCCUUCGCUGCGGUGACAACACCAAAGCUGCUGUCAUCCGACUUGGACUAAUGGAAAUGAUUGCCUUUGCAAAGAUCUUCUGCAAAGGGCAGGUGUCCACUGCCACUUUCCUGGAGAGCUGUGGGGUAGCAGAUCUUAUCACCACAUGUUACGGUGGACGCAACCGGAGAGUGGCCGAAGCAUUUGUGAAAACAGGAAAGUCAAUUGAAGAGUUGGAGCAAGAAAUGCUGAAUGGGCAAAAGCUCCAAGGGCCACAGACGUCUGCAGAGGUGUAUCGCAUCCUUAAACAGAAAGAAUUGGUGGAAAAGUUUCCCCUUUUUGCAGCUGUCUAUCAAAUCUGCUAUGAAGGGCGGCCUGUCCAAGAGAUGAUCUCCUGUCUUCAGAGCCACCCAGAGCACAUAUAAAGCAUGCUCUUUUUUUCCAUUGUCACAACUCCUGCCUUUCCUCUUCAUGUGUGAGUCUGAAUAGAUGUAAUUAAGCCUCACAAGAAGCCACUCCAUUAAGCAAUCAGGGCAACACUUGAAUGUCUCUGGAUUUCUGUACUUGUCAUAAAAUGACACAACUGCUGGAUGGGUUAUUAUUAUUUUUUACCAGCUGA